AUGGCGAGCCACCUGUCGUACGGGCGGGUGAACCUCAACGUGCUGCGCGAGGCCAUGCGCAGGGAGCUGCGCGAGUUCCUGGACAAGUGCGCGGGAAGCAAGGCAAUAGUUUGGGACGAAUACCUAACAGGACCAUUUGGAUUAAUUGCGCAGUAUUCUCUUUUAAAGGAGCAUGAGGUGGAAAAAAUGUUCACCCUUAAGGGAAAUCGACUGCCUGCCGCUGAUGUCAAGAACAUUAUCUUCUUUGUCAGACCCAAGCUAGAGCUGAUGGACAUAAUUGCUGAAAAUGUGCUCAGCGAAGACAGGCGCUCCCCUACCAGGGAUUUCCAUAUCUUGUUUGUGCCCCGCCGAAGCUUGUUGUGUGAGCAGCGGUUGAAGGAUCAAGGUGUUUUGGGAUCCUUUAUUCACAGAGAAGAAUACAGUCUAGAUCUCAUUCCAUUUGAUGGUGAUCUAUUAUCCAUGGAGUCAGAGAGUGCUUUUAAAGAGUGUUACUUAGAGAGUGACCAGACGAGUCUGUACCAUGCAGCAAAAGGACUGAUGACCUUGCAGGCGCUCUAUGGAACUAUUCCCCAGAUCUUUGGAAAAGGAGAAAGUGCACGGCAAGUGGCCAAUAUGAUGAUCAGGAUGAAAAGAGAGUUCACUGGAAGCCAGAAUUCAAUAUUUCCCGUUUUCGAUACUCUCUUGUUGCUUGAUCGUAAUGUAGACAUGUUAACUCCCUUGGCUACUCAGCUUACGUACGAAGGACUCAUCGAUGAAAUUUAUGGCAUUCAAAACAGUUAUGUGAAAUUACCUCCGGAGAAGUUUGCCCCUAAGAAACAGGGCGAGAGCGGUAAGGAGCUACCCACCGAAGCUAAAAAACUUCAGCUCAAUUCUGCAGAGGAACUCUACGCUGAGAUCAGAGACAAAAACUUUAAUGCAGUGGGCUCAGUGCUGAGCAAGAAAGCCAAAAUCAUCUCUGCAGCGUUUGAGGAAAGACACAAUGCUAAAACCGUUGGGGAGAUCAAGCAGUUUGUUUCUCAGUUGCCUCAUAUGCAAGCAGCAAGAGGGUCGCUUGCAAACCAUACGUCGAUCGCGGAGUUGAUCAAAGACAUCACCACUUCUGAAGAUUUCUUUGACAAACUGACAGUGGAGCAAGAGUUUAUGUCUGGAAUAGACACUGAUAAGGUCAACAAUUACAUAGAGGACUGCAUUGCUCAAAAACAUCCAUUGAUCAAGAUAUUGAGACUGGUUUGCUUGCAGUCUGUGUGUAACAGCGGACUCAAGCAGAAGGUGUUGGACUAUUAUAAAAGAGAAAUUCUCCAGACGUACGGCUACGAACACAUUUUGACCUUAAACAAUCUUGAGAAGGCCGGACUGCUGAAACCUCAGGCCGGUGGGAGGAACAACUACCCAACAAUCAGAAAAACCAUGCGUCUCUGGAUGGAUGACAUUAACGAGCAGAAUCCCAACGACAUAUCCUACGUGUACAGUGGAUACGCACCUCUGAGUGUCCGGCUAGCCCAGUUGCUGGCCCGCCCGGGUUGGCGCAGCAUUGAGGAAGUCCUCAAGAUGCUCCCGGGCCCCCACUUUGAGGAACGGCAACAGCUACCAACGGGAUUGCAAAAGAAGCGUCAACAAGGAGAGAACAGAGUUACUCUGGUAUUUUUCCUGGGCGGUGUAACCUAUGCUGAAAUUGCCGCGUUGAGAUUCCUCUCCCAGAUGGAAGAUGGAGGUACCGAGUAUGUAAUUGCCACCACUAAACUCUUGAACGGAACCAGCUGGAUCGAAUCUCUAAUGGAGAAACAGUUCUAGAAUUGGUUUCGAAAUUGGACUUGAGCAGAGGCCCUCGCUCAUCUGGACUGCAGAAUUACCGGUUCCUUCAAAGCAGCUGCUGAGAGACAAUGAAACCCGAUGGAAGUGCGACCAUGUCCGCUAUUGUCACACCCAUGGAGUUGCUGUGUUUUCUCAUCUUUGUCUUUUGACUGUUUCUAUUCUCUGUAAGUUCCCUAACUUACGACGCUGGACAGAGGAGGAAGUAAGAAAGGAAAAUGAGCCCAUGUAGAAGAAAUCAGGUCUGAAAUCUGAAGCUCCUUUGAUGGCCUUCUAGAAACUACUUCAAAAAGGCUGGCUACUGCUUGGCUUGGGCUGCACUCACGGGAAGAUGUAUAGACUGGUAUCCAAAUUAGCCCCGGU